UCCCCUUUUGCUUCAGAACCUCUUCUCCUCUUCUUUCUACCGGUUUUAAGGCAAACCCUACUUGUCAGAAGAUAAGCUCGGCCCCGGCUGCAUCUCGGAAGUCCGAACAUAUUAUCGUUCCAUUUUCUCUUUCAUUACUUUCACUUUGGAUUUGUCUGUUGUAGAUCUGUCUUAAGUUUCGAGGUCAUAUCAAUCCUCUCAUCCGAAUGCCUGGCGAGGAAAUGAGUGUAUCGGUAAAUGGUCAGUCUCGGGUUCCUCCGGGAUUCCGGUUUCAUCCAACAGAGGAAGAACUCUUGCACUACUACCUGAGGAAAAAAGUAGCCUACGAGAAGAUCGACUUGGACGUAAUUCGUGAUGUGGAUCUGAAUAAACUCGAGCCAUGGGAUAUACAAGAAAAAUGCAGAAUAGGAUCCACUCCUCAAAAUGAUUGGUACUUCUUCAGUCACAAAGACAAGAAAUACCCGACAGGGACGCGAACCAACCGUGCCACGGCGGCCGGUUUCUGGAAGGCGACGGGCCGUGAUAAGGUCAUCUAUAGCAGUUUCAGGCGAAUCGGUAUGAGGAAGACACUGGUCUUCUAUAAAGGUCGAGCCCCACAUGGACAGAAAUCGGAUUGGAUCAUGCAUGAAUAUAGACUGGACGAUCACACCAUUGAUACAAACGCAUCUGGUCUGAUGGGUGAGACUACGCAGGAAGAGGGUUGGGUGGUCUGCCGUGUUUUCAAGAAGAAAAACCAUCACAAGUGUUUAGAUAGCCCUAAGAAUUCGUCAGUUACAGUCGAAGAGAACACCCAGAUACUAAAAACGAGCAACGAUGGUUCAUUGGACCAGAUUCUUCAGUACAUGGGAAGGAGUUGCAAGCAAGAAACCGAAACAAACAAUAACAUCCGUAUUAACACCAGCAGCAGCAGAAACAAUAACAUCCGUAUCAAGCCGAUCCAAGUAUCCGUCAACAAUGGUCUCCACGAAAGAUCCCAGCAGCAACUUCCGGCAUUGGAGAGCCCAAUUCUUCCAUUUCUCGGAAAGGAUAGCACAAGGCUCGACCAGAUUCAAGCUUGUACCAGUCAGGCAGGCUGUUAUCAACCCAUCGAUGUACAAGACCUACCAUUGAUCACCCAGUCGGAACCAUCCGUCACCAACCAGGGCUUCAGUGGCUGGGCUGCUCUGGACCGUCUGGUCGCAUCCCAGCUUAACGGUCAGUCGGAAACAUGCAAGCAACUAUCAUGCUUCGACAACGAUUCCAACAUGGCCUUCUGUUCACCCCCUGAUCAUGAGCUUCAACUACCUCAACUACGUGGCUCAAUUCAUAGAUCAUCGUCAUAUCAUACCUCCCAGGAUUACAACAACGAAAUUGAUCUAUGGAGCUUCACUCGAUCAUGUUCUUCGUCGUCGGACCCACUUUGCCACGUGUCCAACUCCUCCACCUAACAGAAUAUCUUCGCACAGGAAAGGAGUUCCCAUGGAGUCAACGACAUUGUGAUUACGUAUGAACAUAUAGAUGGAUAGAUAGAUAUAGAUAUAUAUUAAAUAAGACGAAGAAUCGGUAUUUCCAGGCUUCCAGCUUCCAAGAGGGGGUAGCAUCGUUCAAGCUGUUAACCAUUUUCUUUACUUGAUCACGAUGCCUUUCGUUUCACCUCUGCUGUCAACAAAUAUAGCAGGUUUUUGAGUGGUGUGAUAAUCUAAUCUCUUUCUACCAGUAAUUAAUUGUGUUCCAACUUUCUUUGUUUUCUUUUUACGUUGUUAAGGGUUGCCACAUAUCCUUCACUACUGUAUCAUGCAGCUCAUAAUAAGCCUUAUAUUAUUUUAUUAAUAAA